AUGUCCAUUGACUCUUUUGCGCACGAGCUAAGAUCAGCUCUUCACCAAUACCCAAACUUCCCUAAGAAAGGCAUUCUUUUUGAGGAUUUCUUGCCUAUCUUCAGAUCUCCACAAUUGUUCCAAAAAUUAGUCAAGGCUUUCACGUUGCACUUGGAACAGAAAUUCCCUGAUACCAAAAUCGAUUACAUUGUUGCUAUGGAAUCACGCGGUUUCUUGUUCGGCCCUGCUGUGGCGUUGGCCAUUGGCGCUGGUUUCGUUCCAGUCAGAAAGGAGGGGAGAUUACCAGGCGAAUGUUUGAAAGCAAAAUACACCAAGGAAUAUGGUAGUGAGGUUUUCGAAAUCCAGGUAGAAUCUAUACCCGAGGGCUCUAAUGUAGUGAUCAUGGACGACAUUAUUGCAACUGGUGGCUCUGCUUAUGCCGCUGGUGAAUUGGUGCAAAGAUUGAACGCCAACAUCUUGGAGUUUGCGUUUGUCAUGGAAUUGGACUUUUUGAAAGGAAGAGAGAAGUUGCAAGCCCCUACCUUUACUUUAUUGAGAGGCCAGGAGCAAGCUUUGCAAUAG